UGGAGCUGCGGGAGGGAGAAGCUGAGAAAGGUGUCAAGCCCACGUCAGAUCCUGGGGACGGGCAAAGGGAGGGGCCUGGGAUUUAUUCUCUGAUGAGGGAGGAGGAGGAAGUGCAGAUGGAGGAAGGAGGGAUCCUGAGCCAGGACCGUAAUCUGCACUUCCCGAGGCCCCUAGGGGAGCGGAAGGAAACUCUGGUCCCAGUAGUAAUUAGGUUCCCUCCCGGCGCCAUUCCAGAACAUCUGGUAUCUGCAUCAGGUCUUCCUAAGGUGCCGAGAGUGGGCACAGCUUGGUUCACGUCUUCCUGGCCUGUCCAGUAUGUCCUCUGUUCACACCCGGACCUCCCCGAGGGCCUUCACUAUGCCCUUUACAGAAGCUCAGGUGGGAUGGGCUUGCUCCUCCCGCAGGAAAAAGGGGAGUAUCCAGGUUUGUAAGGGGUCUGAAGGGUACGUGUUGAGGCUCCCUCCUCCAGCAGGCGACCCGACAGAGGCCUGCAGCCUAGCGGCUACCACCCGUGAUCUCCUGGCUCUGCCACUCAGGCAGCGGGCGCCCUUUCAGCACCUCGGCGCGCGGACAGCUCCCGGCCCCGCCUGCGCGGGCGGGCCUUGAAGCCAGGGAUUGGCUGAAGCCGGUUUCGCGAACCCGCGUCUCGCUCAAUGCUGGCUCUGGCGUAGCAAAGCCGGGGGAAAGGGGAGUCACAGGCCGACCUCUCCAGGGACCCGCAGGCCCACGGUCGGACUCGCAGUACAAGAGCACCGGCCGCACGCGCGGGUCAGGGCUCUCGCCCCGCCCCCGAGUCUGCCCCGCCUUUCUUUUCGCAUUGCGGGGCAGCAAGAGGUUGGCACUGUGUCCCUGUACCCCACGUGGCGCUUGGUCAGGGCUGGGGGAGGGGUCUGGAGAGGCAAAUCCAGAGAGAAGUCUCCCCCCUAACCCCCUUGCAGGGCUGGGCUACGGCUGCCUCUGGGAGGGGUCCUGGGUAGCUAAGCAGAGAGGGUUGCGGGAAGGAGUGACGUCAGGGUGAGUGGGCGCCCAAGAAGGGGUGUGUAGGAGGUCGGGAAUCGGAGAGGACGGACCGGACCCGGUCGAGGGAGAAGACAGGUCAAGAAGAGAGGAAAGAGAAAGAGCCGCUAUAGAGUUGGGUUGCGGGGCAGUUGGAGUAGGGACCCCUGUUGUCAGGGGAAGCUAGAAGAAAAAGGAGGGGUAGAUAAGGAAAGGGGGGCUGGAGUGGAGGGAGGAGAAACGAGCCGAGACUGGGAGACUGAGGGUGGAGUGAGAGGAAAGGAAGAGGAGACUGCGGGAAGGAGAAAGGAGAGGAGGGCCACAGAAGGAAGAGAGGGCAGUAGAGCGAUCUUAGAGUAGAGACAAAUAGAAAAGGAAGGGGAGAGAUAGAGGGAAGUGAGGGAAAGGUCUGUUGUGGGGCCUGUAGAAGGAGUGAACAGGAGUGGGGAUGUGGAAGGGAGGGAAUCAGGAAGCAGUCAUCGAGGGGUCAGGUGGAGAACUGAGUGGACCAGGGAGCUGGGGUCUGCAAGAUGCAGCUUGCCUCUUAGCCAGGGCCUCUUUGCCUAUCGUGUUUCCAUGGCCACUGCCCCUCGGCUCCUCAGCUCUUACUGUGCUCCUCGGAGCCCUCACUUCUCUGUUCCUUUGGUACUGCUACCGUCUGGGCUCCCAAGACGUGCAGGCCCUGGGGGUUGGGAGUCGAGCUGGGGGUGUUAGUGGCAUGCCUGAUGUAUGUUCACAGACUGGCCCACGGGGCCCUGGGGAUCCUGGGGAAGGACCCAGGGCAGAAGGGCUAGUGAGCAGGCGGCUUCGGGCCUAUGCCAGGCGUUACUCCUGGGCUGGGAUGGGCAGAGUGAGGCGGGCAGCUCAGGGAGGCUCUGGCCUCCCAGGAGGGACAGGAGUCAUGGGCAUUCAGCGCCCUGGCUUACUUUUCCUACCAGACUUGCCUUCGUCCCCCUUUGUGCCACGUGAUGCCCAGAGGCAUGAUGUGGAGCUCCUACAGAGCAGCUUCCCCGCCAUUUUGCGAGACUUCGCAGCUGUGAGCUGGGACUUCGCAGGAACUACCCCUCUGCCUCGGGGCUGGUCCCCACCCCUGGCCCCUGGAUGCUACCAGCUCCUGCUGUACCAAGCAGGCCGGUGCCAACCCAGCAACUGCCGGCGGUGCCCAGGAGCCUAUCGGGCGCUGAGGGGGCUGCGGAGCUUCAUGAGUGCCAAUACCUUCGGCAAUGCUGGCUUUUCUGUUCUAUUGCCUGGAGCCCGGCUCGAGGGCCGCUGUGGACCCACCAAUGCUCGGGUUAGAUGCCAUCUGGGCCUGAAGAUCCCUCCUAGUUGUGAGCUGGUUGUUGGUGGUGAGCCCCAGUGCUGGGCUGAAGGGCACUGCCUCCUGGUGGACGACUCCUUCCUGCACACAGUGGCUCAUAAUGGAUCCCCUGAAGAUGGGCCUCGAGUGGUCUUCAUUGUGGACCUCUGGCACCCUAACGUGGCUGGGGCGGAACGCCAAGCUCUUGACUUUGUCUUCGCACCAGACCCUUGAAAGAAGCUGUUCCCUUCCAGCACCAGAGCUGGAGUGAUGCUGCACUCAAGGACAGCUUGAGUUGUGGUCAGGACCUCUUUUCCACCGUGAGAGGCAGGAAGGUGUGACUUACUCAGACAGCAUUGAAUACAAAUUGUGAAUCCUCUCCUAA